AUGACUGUAUACACAUCAGAAAAUGUUUACAAAUUUGUAAAAGAUUGUAUAAAAAUAAAAGAAAAAAACAAAUGUAUAAAUAAAAUAAAAAAAGGCGAAGGGAAAAAAGUUGAAAAAAAUGAGUUGGUAAAAGAGCUACGAAAUGAAACUUCAAAUAAAUUGUCAAAGUAUAAUGUAGACUAUUCAAAAUUUGAAAAUUGUAUAAAAGAAAUCGAAGCAGAAGAAGAAAAUAAAAACCUUGAAGAAAAUAAAAAAAAAUUUUUAAAUAAUCGAAAUCCAUGCUCUCAUGAUCAUUCAAAAGAAAGACAAUUAUAUGAAAAAAAUUCAACAGAAAAAAUAAAAGCAUCAAACAUUUUUAAUGAACAAGGAAAAAAAGCAUUUUAUGAAAAAAAUUAUAAACUUGCUUGUCUAUAUUUUAGAAAAGGGCUAAUACAAUUGGAUUACAGUUUUCCUGAAGAUAAAGAAGAACAAGCUAAACAAAAUGAGUUAGAGAUUAGACUCCAUCUUAAUAUGGCUCUAACAUAUUUCUAUAUGUCUGAUUAUUAUAAUUGUAUUAAUGAAUGCUCUAUGGUUCUAAACCUUGACAAAAAUAAUGUAAAAGCAUUUUACAGAAAGGGGCAAGCUUAUAUGAGCCUCGAUUUAUAUAGUAAAGCAAAAGAAGAAUUUCAAAAAGUGGAAAAAAUCGACCCCCAUGAUAAAAAUAUAAAGAAAUCUUUAUUAGAAUUAGAAAGAAAAAUAUUAAUUUAUGAUAAAAAAAAAAAAUUAUUAUUCUCUAAAAUGUUUUCAUCAAAUAAAAGUAAUUAUGGUCAAAAUAAAAAAGAAAUUUCUUCAAAUAUUUGUGAUACGCCGAUUGAUAAAAAUAAAAAAAAAAUUGAAGAAAAGGAUGAUAUUAGAGAGCAAACUAAAAGUAUUGAUAACCACAAUAAUCUUAGCGAUUUUCCUAAAAAUACACUAAUAAUGAACAAAAACAAUAUACCCGAAGAAAUAAAUAAAGACAGGAAUUUAAACAUAAAAAAUAUAUCAAAUAAGACCACUGAUAAUAAUUCAUAUAAACAUAAGGAUCAAGAAUAUUUAUUCAUGUUAAAUAAUUCCAAAUUUUUUGGAAAAAAAAAACAAUUUUUUUUAAUAAACGAUAUAUUUAUAUAUCUUUUUAUUUGUUUUAUAUUAUUAUUAUUAUUGUAUAUAUUAAUUUUUAUUGUUAUUUUUUAUAACCAUGCCUCAAUGAUUAUAUUAUUAUCAUCAUUGUUAUGUUUUAUUUGUAUAUGUAUAUAUAUCUACAAUAAAAAUGUAUAUAUUAAUAUAACACAUAAGAAAACAUAA